UCACCUUCCUUGUGUAAAGUGCAACGCGAAGAAAUUCACUCAAGUUAUUUAAUAUUGGAAUUAUUCCAUAGGCCUCUCUAAUUUAAUUCGAUAUUUUUCAAUCGAUUAGUUGCAAAAUUAUCUGUGGUAUGAUAUUUUCAAUAUGGUAGUACAUAUUUAUGCAGCCUGAUAAAUACAGCAAGAUAUGCAGUUAUCAAGGUGUUAUCAGUUACUGUGAUGGGCGGGAGUCAGCGCAGAAAUAUGUACAUAUUUUUAAAUAAUUAAUUAUAAAGUGUCAGGCAUUGAAAAGUAAUGGCGGGAAGCGAAACAGGAUCGGCUGAGAAGAACAUGGAGAUUCUAGAGGCAAAAUUUAUAUACUUACUUAUGAAGAAGGAGUACCGUAUAUCCCGGAGCAUUCGUAUGCAGUGGUUCCUUGAACAGCUGAACAAAACAAUUACUGUUCCAUGCUCAAGGGACUUGAAUGGAGCAAGCAAAACAGAAGCUGAGCCGGAGACUCAAUCAUUAUCUGAGCCUGAGCUGACGGUGCUUUCGGUGAUUCCUCAUGAACAGCCACCUGAAUGGAAACCUGAAUCUAGUCACAUGUACAAAUAUCUGGUCACUGCUCAUUCAACGAUAAUCUUUCUGACACACAAUUAUGGCAUUGUCUAUUGCUUGGACAUGAGCCCUUCCUUGUCAGCUGUUGAUAUACAGCAUGGGCAAGUAAUGAUUGAUGGCAUAUUUGCAUCUUUAAAAAGGAGUCUUGAUGGAUUAACAAAACCAUUUAGUAUCCCCGGGUCAAACAUGGUUUUUGAACCAGAGAUUCAUGUUACUGUGAUAGCUCAUACACCAUUCUUCAAAACUCCUGCACAACAGGUUUUGGUGCAAGGAUGGUGUGUCACACAAGCUAAUAAAGGAGCUUUUCUGAAAUCAGUCCAAGAGCAGUUAGAGAGCCUAGAGAAUACGGUGGCUGAGGUUGCAGGCAUUGCGUAUGAUCAGUUGGAAGCUCUUAGGGCUGAAUCUGAAAAAUUAGUGGGUGGACUCUUUGAAGAAAGCAGUGAUGGAGAGAUGUUACCACCAACAGCAGCUCGAGUACCGAUGGUGGCACCUGAUGCAGGAUUUGUGAACAUGCUUCGAUAUGGCAUGCUUGCCUUGCGCCUUUUACCUGAGAGCAGCUGUAAAAGUCUGAUAGUUGUGACAGAUGGUGUAGUAGCUAGCCCAGAUGUAAAUGUGCUUGACUCAGUGUUAGCACAACUUCGUAGUGGCACGGUGUCCUGUUCCUUUCUUCAUGUGGGAUCUCCCUUCCAUCCACAUUGUUGCUCUGGUCUUGUCCCAUAUGUGGAUCUUAUGCAGUUUGUGGCAGAUGCAACGUGUGGAGCAUAUCUGAACAUGAUCCCAGAGAUAGACUCAGAUUCAGAAGGAGCCAUGAAUAUUUAUCAUGAGAAAAUUCUAACAUGGAGAUUCCAGAAAGUUAACUGUGAGUCGGUGUCACUGAUGCUAAAUUAUUCUCCUCCUGUCUCAUCAGCCAUGCAUCCUCCUUUCCCUGCCCAGGCAGGCGAGUGGCAUGUCAGCAAUGCAUGUUUUUAUGGCAGUCAUGAGCCACACCUACUUAGAAAGAAGCAAGAAGAAGAUAAUUUGGCAACAACAUUGCUCAGUGUUCUGUGUUGUCGAUUACGGGAAGGAUAUACCAUCAAGAACAUUAACAUUCGGGAGAAUCAUCUGGAGGUUGGCCUUAUAUUGCCCUGGAAGAACCACAUCUAUAUUGACUACACAGUUAACUGUCAGUGGCCACCAUUGUCCUUCAAUAAUAUAGGUCCUGGUUCUAGUCCAGUAUCCAUUUCUUGUGCCUUGAGUCCUGGCAUGGGUCCAUGGGUAUACUCUGGGUCUGGUGUAAUACACUACUCCAUUUCUAUUGAGGCCCCAUAUGAAUUUCUUCAUGACAUUACAUGCCUGCUGAAAAAACCAUUCAAGUCUCAAUACCGUCAGGCUGUUGUGUCCCGCUUUUGGACCACUCUGAAAAAUCUGAGUAGAUCAGAUCAGUUGCUAGUGCAGCUCAGUUCUUUCCCUAGCAGUCCUGCAACUUACACCAUUCCUGAGAGCAUACGUAGUGGGAUGCCAGUAUUCUACCUGCCUGCAAACUCUUCAAUUCCAGUACUCUCUGCAAGUGACUCAACAUGCCUGCAGUUUGCCCAAUUUUGGAAGCCUAUAUGUCUUCUGGAACCUUCUGUGUGGAAAAAAUGGUUGCAUACUCACCGAAUAGGACUUGUCUUACAGCAUGACCGGCCUCUACCCCGACACUUACAUGUACCUAAUUCUAGUGGCCGUUUUCAAGUCAUACAAUGUCGCCAAGCUGCUGCUGCUCUCUAUUCCUUGCUGAAAGACUGGAGUACAUUUGUACUCAUAGAGAAUCACUCUUACGUGAAACUGAUCUAUGGGGAUGCUGAGAAACCUCCAACUUCCUUUUAUAUCAUUCGGGUUACUUCAAAACCUCCCUGUGUUGUGAUAAAUGUUGCUUUCCUAAGUGGUACUCCAGGAUAUCUGCGUUACAAGACUGUUCAGCAACUGAAGGACCACAUUGCUCAACUGACAUUUCCACAGCGGCCAUCAGCAAAGGAACCUUCUGUAAGAAAGGUCACAUGUGUUAAAUUUCGGUCUACAGCAUAUAAAUCACAUCAACAACAGCGGCAAGAACAGUUGCAACAACAGCCAAAGCAGCAACCUCAACAGCUUUCUCCAACCCAACAACCACCAAGAAAGUGGUCAGAUGUUAACUGUUGUGUUCUUCUUCAGAAGCCCAUAGAGAAGAUUCUCAUUAGGUAUGAGCGGAUGCCAUCUGAUUUUGGCACUGUUGUAUUUCCGGAUGGCACAACACCAUUAGCACCUGGAAGUCAGACCAAGUCACGGACUGCAGGUGGUGGUCUCCUUACAACAUUGUCACGUUACUUACAUCACCGACGCUGGGUGUGGGCAGCUCAAAGUGGAGCUGAUGUGGAAGAAGAAGCUAUUGCACGUGUGUUGGCCACCAUUACAAAAAUGCGUUUGCAGGAGGGAUUCAGCUUUGCUCAUUCUACAGCUGGAAUCAUCAACAUGGUUUUAGAAGUGCAGAUGAAGGGUGAGACAGACUGUGAUGCCAAACGUUUUGAGGACGGUAUGGAUGAAUGUCAUUUGGAGUAUGAGAAAUGGAAGAACAGUUUGCGUCCAUGUGUUAUACAAUAUGUUAUGUUUCCACCUCACACCACCUCAAGUAAUAGCAAGGAAAGUGGCUCAGAAGGUGAUGGAACAGAUGAAGUUGAAGCUCUUGAAGAAGGUGAUGGAGAGUUACAGAUUAUAACAGAAUGUUGGAUAGAACCACAGCAUGGUUUAGUGGUGAACUGCCCACCUGAGAGGGACUACAUGGAACUCCUACCAUACUACAAGCUUGCUGAUGUGAUUUGCCGAGUAGAUGUUGAAUGUAUUUCAUCACAUCUAACAUUCCAACAUCUUAACCUGAUGUGUCGUAAUGCCAGAGUUCGAUCUCCUGUUGGAAUUUCACCUCUAAGUGGAGUAGCAAGAAGUUCUCCGCUGGACCCAAUUGGGUAUAGCCCAAAUGUGGUCACCUUAGCAGAACAAAGAAUUCAUUAUAUACCAUUUGCCUUCAAUCUCAUGAAUAUUCUUCCCAAAUGCCAGCAAGCUGAAUUGCUUUUCUCCAUGUUUAUCCAAGAUUUAAGUUUUAUUGGCAGCUCAGAUCCACUUGCAGUGGCAGCAGAUGCUCCCAACGAGUUGCUCAGUGAACUACUCUUUGAACAACUGAAGCAAAUUCAUGACAAGGAGCUGCAGCUGACAUUGGAGGACUGUAUGUGGUUUCUGCAGCUGUUACAUGCAAGAGAGCGUGAUGGGACUGCUUAUUCACUUCCUAUCCCUGUGCCUUUGUCACAUCAUCCAGCAAGGAAGAAAGGAGACACAGAACAACACCAGGUCCACUCCUGUGCAAACAGUGUUGCCUCAGAAGCCACCGUGUGUGACAAACUUGAUAAGGACCCAUUGCUAAUACCCAAAUGGCGAUGUUUCCUGAAAGGUCUCAGCUCAACCCAUAUUAUUCUGACCUUUGUACCUGCCAGCUACAGUGACCUCAAACUUCUCAUGUUCCCUGGACAGUCACUGGAUGAAGCACAUCCGAAUGCUGUGAAGUUGGUAGGGUUGACUCCAGGGCAGACCAGAAAUGAAGUAAUGAAUAGUGAGAAGAAUGGUGAGAAAUUGGCAUGGGCUGACACCAGUUGUGUUGUGCCAGUUAGAAAUACCCAAGUUCUUCCUUCAGUUGAUCACAAUACAUCAGUUCUGUCUCGAAGUUCUUCUUGCGACACUUCAUGCAUCUUCAGCAAACUUCCGUUUGCCAGCCAUCUUAGGUCUGAUUCAUGCUCUCCUCUCUCAUUUGAUCAGCAUGAAGUUACAAGUGAUCCUCCGUUUCGAAUGAGGGCAAGUUCCUGGGAUACUGUCACAAAAAACGCUAAGGAUAGCUUGGACCGUAUCCGUACAGGAUCCAUGGACUCUAAAAUUAAAAUAAGGCGUCCUUUCACUGGACCAUCUCUUAGGUUACGUGAUGCAGCAACAGAUGUGGAAGAAAGCAAAGGCCAUCAUGUAAAAUAUCCUUUUACUGCAUCACAGAAAAUUUCCUCUGCUCCCCCUAAUCCAUCUCUGGAUUUAAAUUCAGGACAAGUACUUUUACAUGUUCCAAAGUAUGGUGCCCUUUCGCUGCCAAUUUAUGUUUAUGACUGUCCUUUGGCCAUGCUGAUGGAUGUUCUUGUUUAUAGAGAUAUAGAUGAUGAGUCUGGUAAUAAAGUGUGCAAAGACAUAUACCAGGACAGAACUUUCAAGCUACCUAGUGUUAUGAAUCUUGUGCAAAACCAAAGACAAGGCCAGUUUGGUGUGGAAGAGGGAACAGUUGGUAUGCAUUUUAACACAGAUGAUGGGACAAUUGGUGAAAGUGAAAGGGACUCAUACCAGGUGGUAGGAGAUAAAGUAGAGACUCAUACAGCUGCAAAGCAUAUCAGUCCUGAACCAAAGUCAGAAGAUUCUGAUGGAAUGUCAGAUGUUCCAAGUCUAAGUCAGCACUGUAAGGUGGUGAGCCUUGCAUAUUACAAGGUGUUUGUUUCCUCCCUCUUCAAGUCACUUCAUUUGAAUAACACAGUCCAUGCUCUUGAUGUCCAGGCAGCUAUGGAUGAGUGUGAAGAAGCGCUUAUAGAAAUUGAUAUCACCAAUUUCAUACAGACUGUCUGUGGCCAUCUGAAGGACUUUUGUAUGAAAACAAAAGUGGAUGAAAUGAAGCAGAGGAGUAAUGACAACAGCCCACAACAUGACCCAAAGGCUGUAGCAAUAAGUGGAGAGUCUGUAGCAGACUCAGAGCCCAAGUUUCCUUUGCUGUUGCUUCAGACUCAUGCUCCAUGUCAACAACUUGAACUCCUACACAGACAAAUCAAAACUAAAUUUAUGCAGGUCCUCACAGUCAUGUUUAGGCCAGUUCCUUCUCACCCAGAGUUCUACUUCUGUACUCAAAAUUGGGAAAAGAAUCAAUCAGUAAAACAAGUUGAACUGAACGAGUGUGAUAAACACAGUCAGAAACCUUCAGAACCGGAUAACGAAUUGGGCAGCAUGACCUUUCAUUCUGAAAAUGUGGAGUUCAGAUCUCAACGUGAUAGUUCCAUAGGACUUGUAGGAAUGGGAACUGGAACCAUGAGGGAAGGCCAGGGUGGCUUGGUGACACCAGAUGAUGCUCACACCUCAGUAGUAUCUAACAUGGACUCGGACAGUGUGAGCGAUUUGAGAGAUGAAGAAACUGCUGAGGAAGUGUCACCUCUUUUCCUUCAUCUGACAUGUUCAGUUCGUUCCAAAGGAAAGAUCAGCAGUUGUUCAGUUCAUGUAUUACCAACAUGCCUUGGUGAACUGGUUCAGUCCUGGGAUUCCGAUGAGACUGAGCUGGACAUGAGAGCACUGCAAGUGACGCUUGACAUCCUGUGCCUCACACUUCCAAAUGAAUCAGAAACAGAUGUUGUGGUUGAAGACAGAGCAAAGCAUCUUAGCAAAGUGCCUCCUCCUCCUUUCUCUCAAUCAGUGCCACAUGUGGAGGAAUGUGAUGAGCUUGAAGUAGACAAAUGUGAAGCGAAUCAUCCUGGUGGCAGUGUAGGUUCAGCAGAAUGUUCUGGCUCUCCCGAGCCACAACUUCCAGGUGAUAAAGGAGGUGCUUCUCAUCUGUACAUGCUCCAACAGCUCAAACACCUGCCUGAGUAUCAACAUAAAGCAGUUACAGCAUUUGUGGAGAAAAUUGAGUGGCUGAUGCGUGAUGAGAUUGCUGCCUUCCUGCUGGACACGUUUCCAUUGGACAAGACUACGUUAGCCUUUGUUGCAAAUCAUGUUGCUAGUUCACCUGAUCGGCCAAGUUGCUUAAUGGAACGUGUUCAAUUACAGUUUGUUUAUGGACCUGAACGUAGCCUUGAGCACUUUUUGCAGGAAUUCCGAAACUUAAGCUUGAAUGGAUAUCAUCUGUGUGAACAAGAUGAGCUGUACUACCUUGUUCGUGACAAACGUUCUGCUACGGCUUCUGCAUCUGCUUCAGCCUCAGAUCCUGUCACUGGAGUGAUAACACGCAAAAAAAGUGGGUCUGUGUUACUUCCUCCCCUAGGCUUGAAGCUUCAGCCAGGACAGACUGCAGGCCAUGCAGGACUGUGGACUGAUAUUGGCCACCCACCAGCAGCUGCUUCGAGUGAUGAAAAUGUUCUUGUGAGUGACAGCUUUAUUGAAACUCUAGAAUCAAAAGUCCCAGUAUCUGUUGGUAACAUGAAUCUGGAUGACAGUGACACAGAUGAAGAAUCCAGACCACAAGACCAACCGAGACCUCGACCCAAGUCUAAACACUUGGAUGCAACUGUUGUGAAACCACAGUGUGCAGAUAAAGGCUGGCAGGAGCUAGCUCCUGAUGUAACUCUACAAUUGAAAAAUAUUGUAAGAAAUGCAUCAGGCAGUGAUGAAAAACUAGGGCCAAAUCACAGCCAAUUUCAGUCUCCCAGUCCAACAGAUGGACAUAGCCCACAUGACAGUCAUAGUCUUUGUGAAAUCUCUAGUCCACCUGAUGGUUCAUGUCCUAAGGAAAUUCUUAGUUCUGAGGACGGUCCUGCUGGAGUAAUAAAACUUAACCAGAACAAUGGUUUUGGUGACACAUCAUCAAGGAAUGAAGAUGUAGGAGGAGAAAAGGAAAGUGACAAAAUUAUGGCACGAGAAGUAUCACCAACUCGGUGGUGUGCAGUAACUGCCUGGCAGCGCAGACAGCAACAGCAACAACAGCAGGGAACUCCAGGACACAGAAGUGAGGUGUCAAGCAUUGUGGAGAGUGCUGUGGAUACUGAAGAUGGAUAUGAAGGAUAUGCUGGUGAUAGUAGUGAUUCAGCUGAUGACUGUGAUUGGCUACAGGACCUAGAUAUGCGACGACCAUCCUUACCAAAGUUUUGGCUUAUCAUGAAGGUGAAUCCUGAUGCAGUGACAACCUACUUCCACUGCAGGAGCUCUGAGAGUGAAGUUGAAGCUCCAUAUAGAAAUGUGCAGCUUAGUGCUGUGGCUAGCAUCAAGCGACUGUGCAAGAUAGUGAACCAGACAAUGCUCCUGCAGAACUUGCAUGACACUAGGGUGUGUGAUCAGUUACUUGAACAAGAGGGUAGUGAGGACAUCAGGAAGUCUGGCCCAGAAAGCCAAAGACCGACUGGGGAAAAUGAAACACAAGGAAGCUGCCUGGAAACAAGUCCUAAGUUCAUGCCAGGUUUGUUUUCAUGCAGUGUGGUGUGGGAGGUACAUUUCAGCUUGCAUCCACGUCUGAAGACAGGCCCUGGUAAACCCGGAUUUUCCAGGGGCAUACAGGCCAUGCGCAACGUUCUGAAUCGUCUCUCUGUUAACAACCGUAAAAAUAUGUUUGUGUAUCAGGACAAUUCUGGGAAUGUUUUCUACCUCAGACUACAUGAAAAUGUUUGCAAUCAUAGCAAGUCUACUCCUCCAGGAUGCAUUGGCCGCUCUGACACAGAAGAUAAUUUGCCUGGCCCAGUAUCUCGAAGCUCUUCCAUUGCUUCUCUCAAUGCAAGUAAACAUGCAGGUAGUGCAGUGGGAGCUCAGGUUUCAGGUGGAGGCGUUCCUGAAGAAGUUGGAGAUGGACGACCACGAGUGCAGUCUUUUGGUGAGAAGGAGCUUUAUAUACAAACUUCAUCUACAGGAUUAAGUUCACAGACAGGUCUAAGCUCCAGUGAUGGUAAUGCUACUACUCCAACACCUUGUGUUACUCCACAGCCAAUGUUAUCUCGGCCUGAAGACACAGUCAUCCUAAAGGUGCAUGGUAUUUCAGAAGCAGGUCCUGAGAUUAAGGAAGAACUGGUACAAGUUCUCCAGAACAGACUGGAUGAUGCUGUUGUGGAGGUGUUGUAUGUGAUGCUAGCAAGGAAUCCCAUGUGCAAGCUCACACCAGAUGAUGUUCAUUUCAUUCAGAAACCAUUUAAGGCUCCAGAGUCUGUGAUUCAGUUCUCAGUCCAGCCCCAUGCUCUUCCCCAUCUUCAAGCACUUGCUUACUAUUUACGUCAGAACCUGUUGCAGUUUCUCUACAUCCCCAAAUACACUGAUCCACGGUCAGAAUGUCACUUCCAGGAUUAUUCUGAGCCGGAAACAUCAGCAAAGCGGGUCACUGAAGGAGACCUGUUCCUGUACAACCAGAGUCCUGUGUCAGGCAGCAAAGGCAUAGCAUGCGUUGCUGUGGCAGUUGUAGAUGGUGAAGGCAAUCUGAUGCAGCAUCAGAACUACCCUAAACCUCUUCCUUCUGCUCACCUGGAAGUACUGGAUUCCACUGAAUUUGCAUCACUGACUCUGACUAAAUUGUAUGAAUCUGGGAGCAGCCUCAACCAGGGGCCAAGACCAGCAGCUCUGCUUGAGUUCCGAAUCUGGAAACAGGGUAGAGUGAACAGCGAAUCUCUGACACAGAAGCUGCAAGCCUCAGUUCAGCAUGCCACAUGGGAUCUGCUCAUGGAAUUUUGCCUACUGACAGCUCCAUUAGGGGUUCCUUGUACAGGAUAUGCAUCGCCAUCUCCAUCCCCACCUGUUACUGUCUCUGCAUUGGUGUCUACUUCAGCUUCUCCAUCAUCUGCAGUCUCUCCUUUGCCCAGCUCAGAACCCUCAACACCUAGCAAAGCUAAGAAGGCAGUGAGGCCAAAUGACUCAAAUAGCAUUACUGAAAGGACAUCAGAUUUGGUUAAUGAUAGUCGGAUUGGGUCCUCUGCAAAAGCAUGUAAGCCAGACCCACUAGAAAGUGGAGAGAUUGGUGUCCUGCACAAGAUGUACCAUGCCACAAUGAGGUCAUGGUUUGAUUUUGGUGUUGAGCUUGGGGUUCCAGCUGUCCGGAAACAUUCAGUUACACUUACAGUGCGACAUUCGCUGACUGUGAUGGUGCGAGAAUUGCAGAGCCUUGUGAUUCUGAAUGCUGGUGAUACAACCCCAUUGGCGUUUUGGGAACAUCCAUUUUCAGAAGAAGAAGGACACUUGGAAUAUAUUCCUGGUUCAUUCAUGGGACCAAAAUUUAAUGGUGGAUCCUGUUACAAUAUUGGGAUGAGGAGAGAAAGUUCAACAUGUCUGCUCCUUGGAAGAAAUUUGGGACAGUGGAAGGCAUGUGUGGCAGAAGAUGCUGGAUUUGAUCCAGAUGUUCUUGAUCCAAAAAAUGCACAAAAAGUGUUGCAGAAGUUCCCACCUUUGUUGAUGCUGUCAGAACAACCGCCUCAUUUUGUGCCACGUCAACGGCUGCUACUAGCAAUUCUUAACAAUCAAAAAACUGUCAUUUACACAUACAAUUGGUCAAAAGAACGAGUAGAGAACUUUCAUCAGCAAGCAACUCAAUUAGGGCACUGGCUGAGUGCACGUUCAAGCCUCCUCACUAGUAUAUUCACACAGAAGAUGGGGUUGUUCCACAACCAAGAACUGUCUCGCAAACAGCAUGCCAGGAAUACUAGUCUUGAUAAUAGUGCCAUGACUGGAAUGCUGAUGAAGUCUCUGGAACACAAGAUUUCAAAUCCAUACUUGAGCAAUCUUGGGGAUAUAGAGCAGCUAGUGAAGUUUCCUGUUGGUGUUGGUGCUGCUCAUAAAGAUGCAACAAGUCGCCGAGUUGGUUUCCCAACUUAUUUGGGUUCUGCCAUGGCAUGGCGUGAUGCCUUUCGUGAUGGAAAACCCAGGAGACCAAUUUCAAAGAUUCCAACUAAUACUGAUGCUGUUGUGUGUCAUGUUCAGCAGAUGUUGGAAACACGGCAGAUCGAUAGGAAAGCAGAGGAGCAGAAGAAAUUGUAUGUGAUGUGGCAGACACGCGGAGCUACUCCAAACAUUCCACUUGCUGAAGAUAUAAUUCACCUGUUCAAACAGAAUUCACGAGUUAUUCAUUAUUGUCUAACACCUCUCCUCUUCCUACCUAGGUGGAGAGUACAGUCUGCAGCAACUCGAGACCAUGCACUCAGUAGUAUGACUUCUACACCAAAUGCAUCAACACAAACUACAGGUGCUGCAGCCCCCAGUCCAGUUUCAAGGGCCCAUCACACACAUCACUCUCAUCAUUCUUCUGGCAACUCCACUGCAUCAGUACUACAGACAGGACAAGUUGGAAUGCCAUCACCUACUCUUCACAAACAGUCUGAUGACAAAUGGCAUGGUGCACUUUGUGCCAACUUUGUACAUGAAUACAAACAAUAUCUCCAAACACUGGGCUUUAUCCCCAUCCAGACAGAGCCAGCAUCACCGAGAAAAGGGUUGAAGGGUGGAAGUGUAAAGGUUCCAGUAAGGGAUGGAGAGGACAGUUCCAGCAGAAGAAAGCAACCAGACAAGGAUAACAAUGUGUGCUACCUUCAGAAGUCUCUACUUGGAGGCAUUCUUUUGUUUGAAAUAUUACUCUGUGAGCCUUUUUUCCAUGCCAAACUUCAUGCAUUAGAACGCUCAAGACUGCAGUCAAAGUCAUCCAGUAAUGUGUUAUCUCAGUUUACAUUGAGCUUCCUGGAUGAAUGUGACAAGAUUAAAAUCCUCAUGCACCUGCAUUCAUUUACAUAUGACUAUCACCUUCGUAGUAUCCAUAGCUAUGUGUCUGGACACCAAGCUAUUUUGAAGCAAGGCUAUAAUCUCACCCAUUUCCUUGAUGACUUUCUGAAGUAUUACUCGAAGGCACCAAACUUUGCAAGAAACCUAGUGCAUGCAGAUGUGUUAAUGGUGCAUGAUGUGACAACACCUGCCCGGCAGCUGUUCAGCUACCUCCUGAGCCACGGGAAGGUCUAUAACAUGGAGGUCUUUCGCAUGGCUCCUGUCCCUGUUGCAGCAUUGAAUGAUUCUGAUUAUGGAAAAUAUGAUGCUGACUCUGAU